AUGAAGCCGUCCAUCUCGCCGCGUCCUACGGGCGUUAUGCUCCUGGCCGCUGCGGCCUUUGCUCAGGCACAGACAUCACCUUUCUCUAUUGACAGCACUGCUGCCAUCAAGCAAAGUUCUUCCACUCUUGCAUGGGAUAUGUUGCAAUACUAUAAAGGCAAUUUAACUGGCCAGACGCCCGGUAUUUUACCUGGUCCUCCGCCCGCUGGUGACUACUACUGGUGGGAAGGUGGUGCCAUGUGGGGGACAUUAAUCGAUUAUUGGUACUGGACGGGCGAUUCAACUUAUAAUAACGAGAUCAUGCAGUCAAUGCUGUUUCAAGUCGGCGAAAAUAAGGAUUACAUGCCUCGAAACGUCACGGCAUCCUUGGGUAACGACGACCAAGGCUUCUGGGGCAUGGCCGCCAUGACUGCCGCCGAAAAUGGCUUCCCCGAUCCUCCAUCUGAUAAGCCCCAGUGGCUAGAGCUUGCGCAGGCCGUCUUCAACACCCAAGCCAGUCCUGAUCGCCACGACUCGACCUGCGGUGGUGGCUUGCGGUGGCAGAUUCCCUUUGCCAACAACGGAUAUGACUACAAGAAUAGCAUCGCCAAUGGUUGCUUCUUCAACAUGGGUGCCCGUCUGGCUCGCUAUACCCGCAACACAACCUACUCGGACUGGGCCGACAGGACAUGGGAUUGGAUGUGGAAUAUUGGGUUCAUCGACAAUAAAAACUACGCCAUCUACGACGGCGCCAAGGUGACUAAUGGCUGCAAAGAUAUUAACAGGGCUGAGUUUUCUUACAAUAAUGCCGUGUUUGCAGAAGGUGUUGCCUUUAUGUACAACUAUACAAACGGAAACGCGACGUGGAAGGCAAGACUGGACGGACUCAUCAAACACGGAAUGGAGGCUUUUCUUCCCAAGGGAAUCGCAGUUGAGAUAUCGUGCGAAAAUGCAGGAACUUGCACCACGGAUAUGCUUACAUUUAAAGGCUUCCUCCAUCGUUGGUACUCGACCAUUACACAACUCGCGCCCUACACUGCCGAGACAAUCCGUCCAGUCUUGAAGACAUCGGCCGAGGCUGCCGUCAAGCAAUGCACGGGUGGGGCUCUGGGACGACAGUGCGGCUUCAAGUGGGCUAGCGGUGUCUACGACGGCAAGACUGGCGCUGGUCAGGAGAUGGCAGCCCUCUCCGCUGCCAUGUCCCUUCUCAUUCCUCAGGCCAAGGCUCCCGUGACGGAGAAGGAUGGGGGAACGUCCAAGGGCAACCCCAACGCUGGUGGUAGUGGUGAUGAUGCCCAGAAGAAGAGCAAGCCCAUUACGACUGCCGACAAGGCCGGCGCUGGUAUCCUGACCAUCCUGGUGUUGGGGUCUGCGUGCGGUAUCUUUGGGUGGAUGAGCGUGGGUGUUUGA